AUGUCGCGCUCGCUUGGUUUCAGCGGGAGUCCCUCUCCUACCUCCUUGGCAGAAGCGUGCAAAUUAGCCUGGCAUACCUUUUACGGCAUGCAGAAGGCGUCCGAAGACUUUGAGAACCUCCGAUUCGAAGUGUGGACAAUUGCAAUCAGCCUCGACUCAUUACACAGCGUCGGGAGCACGUCACUGCUCAUAGAUCGUCAACCAGACCACAAGCGUUGGGCAUUGACCUUCUCCAAGAUAUUGACCUCGUUGAACGGUGCCUUGCGGCCCUUGUACAACCUGGUCAAGUUAUACUUGUCCACGUCGACCCGGGAUCGCGCCGCUGUGAAGCAAUGGCUCACUAACACAGACAUGAACUACGAAGGCCUCACCGUUCAGGAUUUCCGGCGAAAAUUGUCCAUGCUGGUCGAGAGCCUCAAUGUUUUUCUGUCCAGUCUGACGCAUGCCGAGCUCGCUCGGGCCAGAGCUGCCAGCGAAACCGAAGAAUAUAGAGUCCUGUCUGAAGUCACAAGGAACGUCCUUCAGAAGUGGGAUCAAGACAGGUCGUCGAUCGCUGUGGCCCACGGUUCCGACCGAGCGACAACAUCGAUCGGGACGGUCGCCUUUGUCCACGACACCGUGAAGGAAAACAGCACACCUUCACUACGUGGGGAUUCAGCGUGGCCCAGAACGCAGGAAGAAUACCCCACCCUCUGGCCGACACAUCAGAAGCCCGAGCAGCAUCACCAUGGUCUCGGGCACUCCGCCGAGACGUUGAACCUGGACGGCAUCGAAACCGGGUUCCGCAAGCACAUGAAUGCCAUGCGUCGCAUUCGAGAACAGCUCCGCCUCCAGAAGGAGAACAAGCAUCACCUGUCGGACCAAAAGUCGACGCAUUUCCCCGAAGUGCACGGUGAAACGCUCAUGACUCCGAUCACGCCUUCGCAUCAUCGCACGAUGCCGCCCAAGCUCCACGCGUCGUCAGAACUGCCUUCGGACCACGGGUACACGUCGAGCAGUGCGGCAAGCUCCGCGCAGACGUCUGAGUCCGGCAGUGUGAUAUCUGGCGGCAGCCAGGAGGACAGGCCGAAAAGCCCCCUCUUAGCAGCACCGACGACGGCCAACCACACGCGGUCGUCGUCUGGGGAACUCGGGAGGAAGAGAGUUCGCACCCAGGAUCUCCACUUGGGCAAGGACAGCGAUGACUGGGAGAGGCAUCGCAAGCCACGCAAAACGGCGUUGGAGGAAAUGCUCACCGCCGCCUUGUUCUUUGACAGUUGA